CUAGCAAGCCAACGGAGUUUCCAUGGAGACCGAGGCUGGGCCCUGGUGGCCACGCGGCGUUACCAUGGAGACAAGUCUCGGGCUGGGGCUCCCAAGCCUGGGCUCGCCGCUGUCUCAAAACCCCACGGAGCCGCUGUGCGAUGUCAGAGCCGCGGUGGCGGCGGCACGCUGGGACCCGCGGAAACAUUCUUUGCUCAUCGUGAUCGGCGAUAUCGGUACUGAGAGUCAACUGAGGGCCGUGCGGGCCCACCUUGAACAAGGGAUUCUCUCCUGGAACAUUGACUUAUCAUCCUUUGAUUUGAACGAACAAUUGAGACUCUUCAUUACCCGGCACCUAGCUCACUUCUCUUCAGAGGUCAAAGGCCAGAGGACCCUCUGCCACCAGAGUGAGAUCCUAGAAACCAUCAUCCUGGUAAACCCCAGUGCCGACAGCAUCAGCUCUGAGGUUCACCAUCUCCUUAGCAGCCCAUCAGCUCACAAACUACUGAUAUUGAGUGGGCAAAGUUUAGAGCCAGGGGGAGACCUCAUCCUGCAGAGUGGUACCUACUCCUAUCAAAACUUUGCCCAGGUUCUUCACAACCCAGAGAUUUCCCAAUUGCUCAGCAAUAGAGACCCUGGGAUCCAGGCCUUCCUCACCGUGUCCUGCCUAGGGGAGGGUGAUUGGAGCCAUCUGGGACUAUCCAGUUCCCAAGAGACCCUGCAUCUCCGACUAAACCCUGAGUCCACGUUGCCGACCAUGGAUGGUGUGGCUGAGUUCUCUGAGUAUGUCUCUGAGACCGUGGAUGUGCCAUCCCCCUUUGAUCUGCUAGAGCCCCCUACCUCAGGGGGCUUCCUCAAGCUCUCCAAGCCUUGCUGCUAUAUCUUCCCUGGCGGCCGAGGGGACUCUGCCCUUUUUGCUGUUAAUGGUUUCAACAUCCUAGUGGAUGGUGGCUCUGAUCGCAAGUCCUGCUUCUGGAAGCUGGUGCGGCACCUGGACCGCAUUGACUCGGUGCUGCUCACACACAUUGGGGCGGACAACCUGCCAGGCAUCAAUGGACUCCUGCAGCGCAAGGUGGCAGAACUGGAGGAGGAGCAGUCCCAGGGCUCCAGCAGCUACAGCGACUGGGUGAAGAACCUCAUCUCCCCUGAGCUUGGAGUUGUAUUCUUCAAUGUGCCUGAUAAACUGCGGCUGCCUGAUGCCUCCCGGAAGGCCAAGCGCAGCAUUGAGGAGGCCUGCUUCACUCUGCAGCACCUAAACCGCCUGGGCAUCCAGGCUGAGCCUCUGUACCGUGUGGUCAGCAACACCAUUGAGCCACUGACCCUCUUUCAUAAGAUGGGUGUGGGCCGGCUGGACAUGUAUGUCCUCAACCCUGUCAAGGACAGCAAGGAGAUGCAGUUCCUCAUGCAGAAGUGGGCAGGCAAUAGCAAAGCUAAGACAGGCAUUGUGCUAGCUAAUGGAAAAGAGGCUGAGAUCUCGGUGCCCUACCUGACCUCUAUCACUGCUCUGGUGGUCUGGCUGCCAGCCAACCCCGCUGAGAAGAUUGUGCGUGUGCUUUUUCCAGGGAAUGCUCCCCAGAACAAGAUCUUGGAGGGCCUGGAAAAGCUUCGGCACCUGGACUUUCUACGCUACCCUGUAGCCACACAAAAGGACCUGUCUGCUGGGGCUGUGCCUGCCAACCUCAAACCCAGCAAAAUAAAACAGCGGGCUGACAGCAAGGAGAGCCUCAAGGCCACUACUAAGACAGCCGUGAGCAAACUGGCCAAACGUGAGGAAGUGGCCGAAGAGGGAGCAAAGGAGGCCCGCUCGGAACUGGCCAAGGAGUUAGCCAAGACAGAGAAGAAGGUAAAGGAAUUGUCUGAGAAGCCCACAGAGAAGCCGGCCAAGCCUGAAAGGGUGAGGACAGAGUCGAGUGAGGCAUUAAGGGCUGAGAAGCGAAAGCUGAUCAAAGACAAGGUGGGGAAGAAGCACCUGAAAGAAAAGAUAUCGAAGCUGGAAGAGAAAAAAGACAAGGAGAAAAAGGAGAUAAAGAAGGAGAGGAAGGAUCUCAAGAAAGAUGAAGGUAGGAAGGAGGAAAAGAAGGAUGCCAAGAAGGAGGAGAAGAGGAAAGAUAUUAAACCUGAGGUCAAGAAGAUUUCCAAGCCAGACCUGAAGCCCUUUACCCCUGAGGUACGUAAGACCCUGUACAAAGCCAAGGCCCCUGGAAGAGUCAAGGUGGAUAAGAGCCGGGCUGCUCGUGGGGAGAAGGAGCUGUCUUCUGAGCCCCGGACACCCCCAGCCCAGAAGGGGGCUGUACCCCUUCCAACAGUCAGUGGGCACAGGGAGCUGGUCCUGUCUUCCCCAGAGGACCUCACACAGGACUUUGAGGACAUGAAGCGUGAGGAGAGGAGGUUGCUGACUGAACAGAGGGAUGUAGGACUAGGACAGAAACCUCUCCCUGCGGACACUGCAGGGCAGGGACUCCCAAGCACAGCUGGCCAGGGGAUACCACCCUCUGUUCCAGGGCUGGAACAAGAAAAUACUGUGGUAAAGGAGAAAGAGGUUGUCCCAGACAGCCCUGAUGAACAAGGCAGCAAGGAUAGAGGCCCAAACUCUGGGACUGAAACAGAGGAAGAGAAAGAAACCUGGGAGGAAAAGAAGCAGAAGGAAGCAGAGAGGCUCCCUGAUAGAAUAGAAGCCAGAGAGGAAAGUGAACCUGAGGUAAAGGAAGAUGUGAUAGAGAAGGCUGAGUUAGAAGAAAUGGAGGAGUUGCACCCUUCAGAGGAAGAGGAAGAGGAAGAGGAAGAGACAAAGGCUGAAGGUUUUUACCAAAAACAUAUGCAGGAAGCCUUGAAGGUAACUCCAAGGAGCACGGGGACUCUCAGGGCCCGGGAACUGGGAUUCCAGGGAAAGGCCCCUGAGAAGGAGACCUCAUCGUUCCUAAGCAGCCUGGCCACACCUGCAGGAGCUACUGAGCACAUCUCUUACAUCCAGGAUGAGACAAUCCCUGGUUACUCAGAGACAGAGCAGACCAUCUCAGAUGAGGAGAUCCAUGAUGAGCCAGAGGAGCGCCCAGCUCCACCUAGAUUUCCUACAAGUGCAUAUGACCUCCCUGGGGCUGUAGAUCCUGCCCGCUUUGAGGCCAGUCAGCCUGCAGACAGUGUUGUUCCUGUCACCUCCAGCAAAGGCUACGGAGCACCAGAGACCGAACUCACCUACCCUCCCAACAUGGUGGCUGCCCCUUUGGCUGAAGAGGAACAUGUGUCCUCGGCUACCUCAAUCACUGAGUGCGACAAGCUUUCCUCCUUCGCCACAUCUGUGGCUGAGGACCAGUCUGUGGCUUCACUCACAGCUCCCCAGACAGAGGAGACAGGCAAGAGUUCCCUGCUGCUUGACACAGUCACAAGCAUCCCAUCAUCCCGCACUGAAGCUACUCAGGGCUUGGACUAUGUGCCAUCAGCUGGUACCAUCUCACCCACCUCCUCACUAGAAGAAGACAAGGGCUUCAAAUCACCACCUUGUGAGGAGUUCUCUGUGACUGGAGAGUCAGAGAAGAGAGAAGAGACUGUAGGGAGGGGCUUGCCUGGAGAAAGAGCUGUGGAAGAGAAAGUGGAGACUGCAAAGGUAGAGAUAUCCGAGAAACUUCACAGUCAAUAUGGAACCCCAAUGUUUGGUGCUCCUGGGCACACCCUUUAUCCAGGGGAACCAGCCCUUGGAGAAUUGGAGGAGCGCUGCCUCAGCCCAGAUGACAGCACAGUGAAGAUGGCCUCUCCUCCACCAUCAGGUCCACCCAGUGCCACCCAUACACCCUUUCAUCAGUCCCCAGUGGAAGAAAAGUCUGAGUCCCAAGACUUUCAGGAAGCAGGCUCCUGGGGAGACACUAGGCGUAUACCAGGUGUGGGCAAGGAAGAUGCUGCAGGGGAGAUAGUCAAGCCAGGACCUGAAGAGGACACGCUAGAGGACGGGGAGAAGAUGCCUCCUCCCAGAAGCCCCCAGGCUCAGGAGGCAGCCAUCAGUAUUGCUGGGGGACAUACAGGCUACACCAUCCAACUGUUGCCAGAACAGGAUAAAGCAAUAGUCUUUGAGACUGUGGAGGCACGAGAGCCCAUGGGCCCAAUUCUAGGAAUGGAAACACUUGCAAGAGAUUUGAGGACAUCACUCCAAGAAACUGGUGAACCUCAGAAAACUGAGGUACUCCAAUUUCCUGACCAAAGCCUCUCCUCUGAUGAUGCAGAGUCCCUCUCUGUUCUCAGUGUGGUCUCCCCAGACAUUGCCAACCAGGAAGCCAUCCCCAGGUCCCCCUGUGGCCUGACAGAACAGCAUCUACACAAAGACCUUUGGCCACAGGUAUCUCCAGAAGACACCCGGUCACUUUCUCUCUCAGAAGAGAGUCCCAGCAAGGAGACCUCUCUGGAUAUUUCUUCGAAGCAGCUCUCUCCAGAAAGCCUUGGCACCCUCCAGUUUGGGCAACUAAACCUUGGAAAGGAAGAAAAGGAGCCCCUGAUGCAGGCUGAGGACACUUCUCAGCACCUAGCCCCCAUGUCUAUUCCAGAACCCCCUGCAGCCACAGUGUCUCCCCCCACAGAUGAGAAUGCUGGAUACUCUGCACAGACGGACAUCACAGAUGAGAGCCCUGAUGGAAAAUUACCUGCCAGCUCCUUCUCUCACUCGACACUGUUGGGAGAUGGGAAGCACUCACCUGAAGUGACCACAAGCCCUGGUGAACACAUUCUGACACCUGAUAGCUCCCUCACCAAGAGUCUCGAGUCUUUGCCAAGCCCUGCCAUGGAAGACAUUGCCAUGAAGUGGGAAGGGAAAGUUCCAGAGUUGCAAAGCAGAACCCCAGAGCCAAAGGAUGAAGUCCUGCAGCAGGACAGAAUUCUGGAGCAGAAGGAUAUUGUUAUAGAGCAGAAGGGUACAGCCAUCCAUCAGAAAGGUGAGGCUCUGGAAGAAAAGAACAAGGCUGUGGAACAGGAGGAUAAGACCUUAGAACAAAAAAACAGAGGUGUAGGACAAAGGGACACAGUCCUGGAAAAGAAGGACAAGCCCCUGGAACCAAAAGACUUAGAACAAAAAGACAGAGACUUAGAACCAAAAGACAAGGCCCUGGAACAGGAGUGUGUGGUCCCCAAAGAGAAAGAUGAAACCAUAGAACAAAAGGUCAGAGAAUUUGGACAUAAAGACAAGGUUUCAGAGGACAAGGUCUCUGAACUGAAGUCCAAGACCUUAGAACAGACAGACCAGGUCCCUGAACAGAGGGACAAGACCCAGGAACAGAAGGACAAGGUCUUGGAAAAGAAGGAUCAGGCCUUAGAACAAAAUUACUGGGCCUUAGGACAGAAGGAUGAAGCCCUGGAACAAAACAAUAAGGCUCCUAAGCUGAAAGACAAGGCUCUGGAGGAGAUGGACAAAACUCAGGGGCAGGAGAGCACAGUGCAGGAGAAAACCAUGAAACCAAUGAAGAUCCAAAAGGAAAAAUCUUCAGAAAAAGUUGAGGUUGUAGAACAGAAGGAAGAAGCUCUGCUGGAAAAGACCAAAGCUCUGGGAUUGGAAGAUAGCCCAGUGCAGGAAGACAAGGCCUGGGAGCAGGAAAAGAAAUACUGCAAGGAGCAGGAUGUAGUCCAGGAGUGGCAAGAAACAUCUCCAAACAGAGGGGAGCCAGUUGGAGAACAGAAGGAGCCCACCCAGACAUGGGAGGACACAGCUCCUGAGCAGGAGGACAGGUACUGGAGGGGCAGAGAGGAUGUGUCCCUGGAACAGGACACAUACUGGGGGGAACUGAGCUGUGAACGGAAGGUCUGGUUUCCUCAUGAGCUGGAUGGCCAGGGUGCACGGCCACGGUACACAGAGGAACGAGAGAGCACUUUCCUCGAUGAGGGGCCAGAUGAUGAGCAAGAAGUGCCCCCCUUGGAACACGUGCCCCAGAGCCCCUGGGCCUCAGACUUCAAAGGUUUCCAGAAGUCCUCAUCACAGAAGGGGCUGGAGGUGGAACGGUGGCUUGCUGAAUCGCCAGUUGGGCUGCCACCAGAGGAAGAAGACAAGCUUACCCGUUCCCCUUUUGAGAUCAUCUCUCCUCCAGCUUCCCCACCUGAGAUGGGUGGACAGAGGGUUCCUCCGACUCCAGGACGAGAGAGCCCUGUCCCAGAGCCUAAGCCCAUGCCACCCAUGAGGAACGAACCUUCCACCCCCUCAUGGCUGGCUGACAUCCCACCGUGGGUGCCCAAAGACAGACCCCUGCCCCCUGCACCCCUGUCCCCAGCUCCAGCUCCCCCAACCCCUGCCCCUGAGCCACACACUCCUGCAUCCUUCUCCUGGGGCACAGCUGAGUAUGACAGUGUGGUGGCUGCAGUGCAGGAGGGGGCAGCUGAGUUGGAAGGUGGACCAUACUCUCCUCUUGGGAAGGACUACCGCAAAGCUGAAGGGAAAAGGGAAGAAGAAGGUCAGUCUGGGGCUCCUGACAGCAGCCCCCACAGCUCAAAGAUCCCAGAGGCCAGUGAGAGCCAUGCCACCAAGGAGCCUGAGCAGACGGAGCCAGAGCAGAGAGAGCCCACACCCUAUCCUGAUGAGAGAAGCUUUCAGUAUGCUGACAUCUAUGAGCAGAUGAUGCUUACUGGGCUUGGCCCUGCAUGCCCCACUAGGGAACCUCCUCUUGGAGCAGCUAGGGAUUGGCCCACGCACAUCUCAACCAAGGAGGAGGCUGCUGGUCGAAACACAUCUGCAGAGAAGGAGCUUUCAUCUCCUGUCUCUCCCAAGAGCCUCCAAUUUGACACCCCACCCUUCAGCUAUGCUGCCCUGGUGGGACCCACCAUACCACCUAGGCAGGAGCCUGAUCCAGGGCCAGGUGUGGAGCCCAGCCUCAUCCCCCCUGCAAUACCCCCCCGUGCCCCUAUCCCCCUGAGUAAAGGCCCAAGCCCCCAUCUUAAUGGUAAUACCCUGAGCUGUAGCCCAGAUAGAAAAACCCCAUCCCCCAAGGAAUCAGGCCGGAAUCACUGGGAUGACAGCAUUAGUGACUCAGAGCUAGAGAAGGGGGCUCUGGAGCAGCCAGAGAAAGAGGCCCUGUCUCCAAGCCCCCCUCACCCCAUCUCUGAGGAGCUCCCUAAACUGUGGCCUGAAGGUGAGGCACAUAGCAGCCCUUCCUCAGACUCACACCUGGGUCCUGCCCGACCGAGCCUGGACUUCCCUGCUUCAGCCUUUGGCUUCUCCUCAAUGCAGCCAGUUCCCCCACAGCUUCCCUCCCCCGCUGAGCCCCGCUCAGCACCCUGUGGCUCCCUUGCCUUCUCUGGGGACCGAGCUCUGGCUCUGGCUCCAGGGCCCCCUACCAGGGCCCAGCAUGAUGAGUACCUAGAAGUGACCAAGGCCCCCAGCCUGGACUCCUCGCUGCCCCAGCUCCCAUCACCCAGCUCUCCUGGGGCCCCUCUCCUCUCUAAUCUGCCACGACCUGCCUCACCAGCCCUGUCUGAUGGCUCCUCCUCCGAGGCCACCACACCAGUGGUUUCGAGUGUGGCUGAGCACUUCCCUCCCGGUCUGGAGACUGCAGAACAGGGGUCUGUAGAGCUGGUCCCAAGAAUGGAAGCAGCUGCCCACAGCCUUUGGGACCUCACUCCUCAGAGCCCAGCACCUCCAGCUUCAUUGGACUUGGCCUCUGCUCCGCCUCCAAGCUCACCUAGAGACAUGUUUGAUGGUUCCCUGUCCUGCCGCCUGGAGUGCUCAGUGGCAGCCACCAAGAAGCCAAGCUCCUUCCAAGGUCCCUCUGGGGAUAGUGCCACCAAUGGUCCAACUGAAACCAGCCCCAACCCCCCAGACCUUGCCUCAACCAAGGCCGAGAAAAAAGAGUCUGAAGGCUACCCUGCCUGGGAACAUGGGGCCUGGACUGAGGGAGCUGAAAGCAGCUCCCAGCCAGACACGCUGCUCUCCCCUGAGCAGCCACUGUGUCCUGGAGGGACCUCUGUUGGCCAACCCAGAAGUGUCUCCCCUCAGAUGGAGGCGGGGCCCCAGGGAUGUGCCUCUGAGCCCCUGCCCCACCGUGGGGAGCUCUCCCCAUCCUUCCUGAACCCACCUCUGCCCCAGUCCACAAAUGACAGUGACCCCUCAACUGAGGAAGCUCAGCUGGUAGGGAGAGUGGGAAGGCGCCGGGUGGGGGGCCCUGGAGCCACAGGGGGCCCAUGUCCUGUGGCCGAUGAGACACCCCCAACGUCAGCCAGUGACUCAGGCUCCUCACAAUCAGAUUCUGACGUUCCACCAGAAACUGAGGAAUGUCCAUCCAUCACAGCUGAGGCAGCCCUCGACUCAGAUGAAGAUGGAGACUUCCUGCCUGUGGACAAAGCUGGGGGGGUCAGUGGAACUCACCAUCCCAGGCCUGGCCAUGACCCACCCCCUAUCCCCCAGGCUGACCCCCGCCCAUCCCCUCCCCGCCCUGAUGUGUGUAUGGCUGAUCCCGAGGGGCUUAGCUCAGAGUCUGGAAGGGUAGAGAGGCUACGGGAAAAGGAGAAGGCACAAGGGAGAUUAGGGCGCAGAGCCCCUGGCAGAGCCAAGCCAGCAUCUCCUGCACGGCGUCUGGAUCUUCGGGGAAAACGCUCACCCACCCCUGGUAAAGGGCCUGCAGAUCGAACAUCCCGGGUCCCACCCCGGCCACGUAGCACUCCAAGCCAGGCCACCCCAGCAGAGGAAAAGGAUGGACACAGCCCCAUGUCCAAAGGCCUAAUCAACGGACUCAAGGCAGGACCGACAGCCUUGGGUUCCAAGGGCGGCUCUGGCCCGCCUGUAUAUGUGGAUCUGGCCUAUAUCCCGAAUCACUGCAGUGGCAAGACUGCUGACCUUGACUUCUUCCGACGAGUGCGUGCAUCCUACUAUGUGGUCAGUGGGAAUGACCCCACCAAUGGCGAGCCAAGCAGGGCUGUACUGGAUGCCCUGCUGGAGGGCAAGGCCCAAUGGGGGGAGAAUCUUCAGGUGACUCUGAUCCCUACUCAUGAUACAGAGGUAACUCGUGAGUGGUACCAGCAGACUCACGAGCAGCAGCAACAACUGAAUGUCCUCGUCCUGGCUAGCAGCAGCACCGUGGUCAUGCAGGAUGAGUCCUUCCCAGCCUGCAAGAUUGAAUUCUGAAAGAACCCCUCUCCUUCCCCAAGGAUCUGCUCCCCAAAUCCCUUAGAGAAUGGCUACUGCUGAGUCCUUUGGGUUGGGGGACAUGGGAACUGGGGAAGGAGAGGGUGGGGGACAGGAUGUCUUGUGGGGACUUGGGCUGGACUAAAUGGGAAGGGUUGUCCCUUCCCCUCAUCCAUACCUGAGAGAAGUCUCAAAACCAAAGGUAACAGAUAGGAUAGGGGGAGGGCACAAAAUUAGGAUAGGAGGUCAUUUUAUGCCUGAGAACCCUGGAGUGACACCUUUGUCUAGCACAGCCAAAUGCUGGGAUUGGGUGGGGAGUUAGUAUGGGUCAUCUCAGAGCACAACCUCCUCCCUCGUGGAGGGAGAUCAUAUCCACACCCCUAGGGACCUCUUUAUUUAUUUAGCAUCCCAAGGAAGGAUAUCUAGUAGUAACUUACAUGACCUGGGGGCAGAAUACUGUCAGUGAGGUGCCCAGAGUUGCACCCUUCACCUCCCAUCCACUUACCCACCAGGGUUGGGUUCCAGCAAGGGUCCAGGGUACACUGCUGCUACACUGUCCCACUGCUUCCCUCCAUAUCUGAAUGUCUCAGUCCAAAACUUGAAGAUCUUUUGACCAAUAGACUGGUGAGAGAAUGAGCUCAUCCUCCCAGUCCUUGCUUCACCAUAUACAUCCCAGAGCUGUGACCAGACCAGGCCUCCUGGGCAGCACAAAGGGGCAAGGAGAGCCCAGCCCCAAACCCAGAAUUUUCCAAGCUCCCUAACCUAUUAAAGUUUUCACCUACCCAUUCCAAUUAUCCUGAUCCCUUCUCAUCCCCUGCUUGGCUUCUCUGCAUGUGGUCAUCUACUGUGGCCGGGUGUGUAAUGGGUUAAAAAUAAGCCACUGCUUGACAUCCCAACAUUGACACCCCAGCAAUGUGUGAGUCCCCCAACAUUCCACUGUACCAUCCUGCAGCUGAAAUGGGAACGCUGGCUGCCUUUCUAGCCCUAAACUCUUGGGUAGAGAGGAUCUGGGAGGUGGAGGCCAUGCCAGAGGACUUGGGGAAAAUGAGAGGGAGGAAGGAAAGGGAGAGGAAGCUGAGCUAAAGCUUAACUCCUACUAAAUGAGAGGAAAACAGGCUGAAAAUACCAUCUCAGGAGAGGACCUCACCCCAAGCAAGCCAAUGAGCAGUCCUGCCAGACUACUGCUGGACUGAGAAAUCCAGACGCUCAUCAGGGCCCGGCUUCUCUGCCAAAUGACUGUGGGAAUCAAAAUGAGCCCACCUGUGUUCUUCCUAGCUCCCACCCUCCCCGUGCUGCUGUGUUCUGCUCCUCCCCACACUUCCCUGCUCUAGUUCCCAGCUGCUGUAAUGGAGCUGCCUUCAACUCUAACAAUAAAUCAAGUUCAUUAGA